GGAGAGACAGUGAAUGGUGGAAUAGCUACAGCAAGUAGCCGAUUAAAAACAUUUCCGCAAUGGCAGAUGAUUACCAUGAGCAGCUGCAGCGGGAUUCCCAGUUCCUAUGUUCAGACCAGCGACUGGACACUGAGUUACUGGACAAACUGGUUUUGCAGCUCAACCGUAUUUACCCACAAGUACUGACAGACAAGGAGGCACAGAAGUUCCGGAACCUGGGUGUGUCAAAGGCCACGCGAUUGGCCGAGCUGCUGGAGCACCUCCAGGGUAAAGGUGAAGAGGCGUGUCACGAAUUUUACCGUGCACUACACCUACACGCCGAGGAACUAUAUCGCAGCCUACCCACACGAGUGCACCGCAGGGAAGCUCCUGACCUGAACGGGACUAACUAUGCCUUUGAGAACAAGGAGCGCUGUGUGCUUAACAACAGGGGUCCUCUGUUCUUCCUCACUUGUUUCAGUAUUGCAGUGGGUUUGGCCUUACUUUACUACCGAAACGAGGGCGAAGUGGCGACAGGUUCGGUUCUGGGCUAUACUGCCUGUGGUCUGGGUCAGCAAGCGGGUCAGGUGCUCGUGUUCCUCUCUGAAGACCAAACUAAGCGGAAGUGAAGAGAGAAAGUGCUGGAAAGAUAAAAAAGAAGGAAGAAAACACAAAGAGUGUGAUACUCUAAGCUGUUUAAUGACAAAACAAACUAACCUGAGGACCGUAGAUUGUGUAAAUAGUAUUGUAAGCCAUUGGUGACUUGGCAAGGUUUUCAGUUUGUCGUUUUUUUUUGGAAAUCGGACACUAGAGAACAAAUCUAGUGUUUCUAUGUGCUCUUUGUAAGAGUAUCAUUGUCACCUGCUUUGUCUAAAACUUUCCCAGCCCUCAGGAAAAAUAUUCCUGUAUUUGAGACAAUUUUGAAUAAUGGUAAAUUAUGUUUUAAUGAUUUCCACAGUAUUUAUUUGGCAGGGUAAUUUUGUAUGGACUUGCCACUGCAGAACAGAUCUCCUUUUCUGCUUGACUGGCAGUGUCUUGUGCCCUCCCUACCAAAUGACAUACCCUGUUAGUGUCAGCAGAGUGAUGGAAAAACAAUGUUAAAAAAGAAAAAAAAGAUGAGUGUCUUAAAGUUACACACUGGAGGAUCAGAGUGGUAGUUAGCUGUGAAGGAGAACCUGAUGUUUCAUUACUUUAAAUGAACUUAAAAGACACAGGGCAUGCUUUUAAAAUAACUUAAAAAGUCACACCCAUACAAUGCGUCAUCAGGUGUACCGCAGGUUUUAGUUUUGAGUUUAUGCACAGCUAAUUGUCAGAAGGAAACAGCAAUAUAAGGUGUUUUAUCUGAACCACUGACAGCUGUCAGUGUCAUAGCGUAGACUCUGUAAGAGUGUGGAAAUGUUCUACCAGCAGGAGGCGCGUCAUUUGGUGUUUUGCUCUCGUUGGUGUAAAACCGUGUCAGACACUACCCCUCCCCAGAGCUGUGGAUGAGGGGGUGGUCAUCCUGGGAUACGCUGUCAGGACAGAAAUGUGUUGCCACUGGACCUGGUCUGGUCAUCACUCAGGAUGUUUUUGUAUUUAUCUCACCCUCUAAUGGGCUGACUAACCCUAAACCAUACCAGGAGAACACACACACCACACACAAUGACAGCAUCACCAAGGGGGUAUUCCAGACAGCGGGUUUAGUGAAAACUCUGAGUUAGUUAACUCAGAACAAGUAGUAAA